GGUGGUCGCGUGAUUUAUUUUAUAUAUUUUUUUUAAUUCUUUUUACUUAGAAUUUAAGUAAAUAAUUAUUUACAGCUUUACGAAAAUUGGUUAAUCAAUAAAAUUAUCAAGUUUUGUAGGAUAAUUGGGAUAAAUUGACAAGAUGAGGGAAAUAGUCAGCAUCCAAGUCGGCUCCUGCGGUAAUAUGAUCGGCAGCAAGUUCUGGGAGGUGAUAUCGGACGAGCACGGCAUCGACCCGAGCGGGCGCUACGUGGGCGAUUCAGAAUUGCAGCUGGAGCGAGUCAACGUGUACUACAACGAGGCGCGAGGCGGCCUCUACGUGCCUCGCUCUGUCUUCGUCGACCUAAAGGAGUGUUCCCUGGACGCUGUCCGCUCCGGCCCCUUCGGCUGCCUCUUCCGGCCAGAGAACUUCAUGUACGGUUUCGGUGGGGGAUCCAACAACUGGGCACGAGGAUACUACACCACAGGCGCGGCGAUUGUGGACGCGGCUAUGGAUAUAAUACGCAAGGAGGCCGAGGGCUGCGACUGUCUCCAGGGAUUCCAGUUCACGCACUCGCUGGGCGGCGGCACCGGCUCCGGCCUGGGCUCACUGCUCAUCGGCCGCGUCCGGGAGGAGUUCCCCGACAGGAUCGUCCAGACGUUCUCCGUGUUACCCAGCCCCGCCGUCUCCGACUGCGUGGUCGAGCCCUACAACUCCAUGCUGGGCCUCAACCAGCUCAUCGAGAACACCGACCACACCUUCUGCUUGGACAACGAUGCCCUCCACUGCAUAUGCCUGAGGAGCCUCCGGUUAAGAAACCCGACGCUCGCCGACCUCAACCAUCUCAUAUGCGCGACGAUGUCAGGGGUUACUACAUGCUUCCGGUUCCCCGGGCAGCUGAACGCGGAUCUCCGGAAGUUGGCGGUCAACAUGGUGCCGUUUCCCAGACUCCACUUCUACACGACCGGGUUCGCGCCGCUCAUCGCGAGGGGCUGCGAGCGCUACUCGGCCGUGUCCGUGCCCAACCUGACGCUGCAGAUGUUCGACGCGAAGAACAUGAUGGUGGCAUGCGACCCCACGCACGGCAGGUACCUCACCGUCGCCACCAUCUUCCGCGGCCGCAUGUCCAUGAAGGAGGUGGACGAGCAAAUCCUCAAUAUACAAAACAAGAACAGCGCGUAUUUCGUCGAGUGGAUCCCCAACAACGUAAAGGUCGCGGUGUGCGAUAUCCCCCCGCGGGGACUCAAAAUGGCGGCUACAUUCGUCGGCAAUACCACGGCCAUCCAAACGGUGUUCAAGGUCAUAUCGGAGAGGUUCAUGCCGAUGUUCAGGCGGAAGGCCUUCCUCCACUGGUACACGGGCGAGGGCAUGGACGAGAUGGAGUUCACGGAGGCGGAGAGCAACGUCAACGACCUGAUCUCGGAGUACCAGCAGUACCAGGACGCCACCGCUGAUGAUGAGGGGGAGUUCGAGGAGGAGGGUGAGGAGGGGGACGAGGGAGCAUAG